AUGCCCCCGACCAAAGCAGCACUAGAGGAACAUUUCAAAAUAGCGGCCUACCAAGGUGGCCAUGUAUGGGGUCAGGUUUUGCUACCGGCGUCAGAGUUACCAUCACCUACCGAGUGGGGCUGGACAAAGAAUGACAAGGGGAAGUAUGAACCGCACUGGACAAGUCUACCCGAAGCCGCCCUGAUUUGUGACGAGUUAGUGUCAUGCAAGUGUAAGAAGGACUGUGUGAAAUGCUGCAAGUGCAAAAAGGCGGCGCUUGAAUUGGGCCAGCGCAGCCAAGAUGCGUAUCAUUUUAGUGAUCUUGUCACUAUUAGUGGCGGGGAGCGCGAGAUUCAUAAAUUUCGAGCCCGGAUCGGAUACACGAACGUUGCCGAAACGCCCGAUGGACAAGAAGUCUUCAUUCGGAUAUACACAUUGCUGAUUGGUCCACAUGACCAAAUGAAUGCACCAAAUGCAGAAUGGGAUUUAUCCAGAUGGUUUUCCUUCUGGAUCAGCCCACACGGUGAGAUUCAGCAUGUGUACCAUCCUCCAGGAGAAGAGGCAGAGAUCCUGGCCAUCAAGAAAGGGAUGGCGGCUCUGUUUGCAUCACGCCUACACCAUGAUAAGAGUUGGAUGAAAGAGACCGAAGAUGGUUGGCAGUAUCAUGUACAAGAAGUGGGUCAUGAAGGACUUCACAAUUCUACAUACACUGUCAAGUCGCAUGCUCAAGGGAAAGUGUUCACCAAGGUUCGACAUGGUCAUCCAGUUAAGCAUGCUGAAGGAGAUUACACCAAGACUCUACACUUUGACAAUGAGCUGGGUAACAUACACACGGUGCAUAUCAACGAGUCAUUCCGGACAAUGCAUAAGACAGACUCAGAUUUUAACCCAUAUCAUAAUACAAGGCCAAUGCACCCAGAAAAUCAUUUUUCAAAUAUUGAUAUUCCUGAAAUGUCGGCAUGGGCAAAUGGAAACUUGGUUUUCAUGACAAGAUUUAAAACUGACGAGAUUCCAAAACGACCUGAAGCAGAGCUCCAGCGAUCAUCCAUUGAAUUAGGACAGGUCAAUCUUAAGAGGCAUUGCAAGCCAAACACGAAAGAUGUUCUAAACUACAUCUCAGGAAAUCUGACCUGCAUGAGAAAUGAACCAAGAGAAGGUUCAUCACAGAUGUCGACGUGUUUUCAUAAUAUCGUUGCUAAUCUCCGAGAUCUGUCUGAUAAGUCAGUUACCAAGUUAGCAGACCACUUCAUCAGAUACAGCAUCCGAGUUCGAAGUUCCAUUGUGGACAGGAAUCACAUGACCGAUGCCAUUGCAUUCCUCGACAACGACCUGUCACAGAAGAUUCUACUGGAUCGAGUUCUCGGUCAUCCUCACCCGGAUCCUUUCCUCUACCAGCGAUACCUUGUACACAUUGUAGCCAAAGAUACACCUCCACUGACGGAGGUGAUAUCAAAACUGGAAGACUUGGUUUUCAACCCAGAUGGAUUUCCCCACGAGCUCCAUGACGGCGUUUCGUACCACAGCACUAUUCUGACACUUGGUGCUGUGGGGGGACAGCUUCGGGCCAGCGGAAUGGAAGACCAAGCUCUCCGGAUUGUCAACAAGUUACACACAUGGCUCGGAUUUCAUGAUCCAUGGCAGUUCCGCAAGAAAAGAUCCACCAUGAAUGAAGACGAAGUAAGGGAUGCAGACCAAUGGAAAGUAAUCUUACUUGAGGCUGUGGGCAAUGCAGGCCUCGACCAAUCAUUUGUCUACAUUGAGUCACAUGUGAAUUCAACCAACUCUAAUUGGGUGAAACGUGCUGGUAUUCAUGCAAUGAGACAGUAUCACCAUCAAAGAGCUCUGAAUGUGAUUCUGAAAACAGCUCUGUAUGAUGUGGAUGAGAAAGUGCGGUUUGCGGCCAUGCUUCAGUACAAGGCACACCCGUUGGCGUCCAUGAUAGCACCCCUUCAGACACACAGCGGAUCAGAAAAUGGUUCUGUAUUUUAUGCUGACUCAGAAGAUGUUGGUGUAUAUGACCUCGCAGUCCACAACCGUCACAGACGCAGCUUUCUGGAUGUGCUGAAUUUUGAACUCCGCUCGCCAAGUGUCAAUUGGGCAAAAGUUCUUGGAAGUAAAGAUCUUGGAGCAUCUUUAGAAGUGCUUGUUAACAACUUUUUGAAGCUGGAUAUUCAACCAUUAAGUGGAGAAGUGAUUUUGAACAUUCAUGACGAAGCCCGUGCCAUUAUUCAUCUGGGUUUUGUUAACACCAACAUCGACUUCUUUAUUGCACGGCUCUGCUUCAAGGGGCAUGCUGCAUACAACCUCAACAUUCUACAGGAGUUUGGUGUAGAUAACUUACAGAAAUUGGCUAAAAUGUAUGAUGACAUAAAAGGAAAUGCUGUCGAUGCUGUCAAAACUGCAAUCGAAACAUUCGAUUCCCUGUUGAAUGAAGACAACCCCAUUGGUGACAUAUUUGCUGCAUUUAUUGAUGCUUUAGAAGACAUGCCAAAAAAGAUUCUAACUGUUGCAACGAAGACUCUGGAGGCGACUCGAGUGAUGGGAGAAAUGGAUAAGGAACUGCUUCCUCCAUUCAUGAUACCGACCUUCAACCUCGUCAAUAAAGUCUCCAAUCUCAUCAAUGACGUCCGCAUGGACUUACUUCGCUUCUACAACACGGUGAAGGAUGCUAUUAUCAUCCUACCAAAUUCAGCAAUUCAGAUCGUUGAAUCAAUCGACAAAAUUAUUCAUGGUUUUGACAACUUCAAUGACAACCCAAUGGGCGCCAUCGGUUCAUUGGCGGGAAAUGUUAUACAAGUUGGUGUCUCUGUGAAAGACAUGGUUGAUGCCAUCAACAAGACAAAAAAUGCCUGUUUCUUUCUGAAAGGUGAUAGACCCUAUUGGUGGGACCUGAAAGGUGAAAUAUCUAUAAUCAAGACCAUGUCCAUUAAGGCUGUGAACUCUAUAAAUAAUGGUGCACCUAAAUGGUUGGAGAGUGCUAAAAAAUCUGCAAAGGAUGGAACCGAUGUGAUUGCCAAAGUCACCAGAGGAAUGUACACCACAGCUGACAUGUAUCAGUCCGUGAUGAACACUGGCAAGCGGGUCAUGACAGACAUCUUGGAACCAUUUGAUGACCUCAAGGAUCUUGGAGGUCCGUUUCUGAAGUCGUAUGAGAAGAUAUCAAAGUUGAUAACUACAAUGAAAAAAGCAUACAAUGAUUUAAAGGAAGGGUACCGCACAGCAAGAUCUCUCGUUGACCAGGUGUUUGGACCGAAGUGUCACAAGGAGUUUCCUCGCAAGGUGCGACUUGCAGGGAAUGGAUGUAAAGGAGUGGGAGGCUUUGUGGCAAAACUUGACAAACCUGGAACACCGGAGUACGACAGUGAAGGAAUGGACCUUGUCAUUAGUGCUGGUAACAAGGUGGUUGCUCCAUUUGGUGGAAAGCUGUACCGAUCGCCUAACAAGAAUGAACUGAUCAUCGAGCCGACUGGGGGGUCAUUGAAGAAGACAAAGAUCAUCAUCUCUAAUGUCAUCCCCAACAAAACCGUGUCGGACUCCAAGCAAAUUCCAGAUAUCGUUGGGGCUGGUGAGCAGAUUGGUGUGGCAGCCAUGACACCUUGCCUCAAUCAUAUUCAUUUUGCGCUAAAACGUGGAACUGGCUUCGUCGACCCAAAGAAUUACCUCAGAGUUCGACUGCCCGAGAUGCCAAAAUGGGUCCAGGAAUGUGACGAUUAUAAACUCGUCUUCAAGGGUAAGACUAUACGGGAAGGAUCUCUGAUUGGGAAGAAGGGCAAGAAGGAGAACGACACGAGCCCUGAGAGGACUGGGAACACCGUCGCAAACCCACCAAGCAUUCCAGAAGACAAAAAACCUGCAGCGAAGCUUAAUGCUGCAAGCGAUAGUCCAGACUCCAUGUAUCAGAAACAGAAGGAGAAAAAGGAAGAAAUCGCAGCCAAGUCUGAGACAACUAAAGACAAGGCUCUAGCUACUCUAUUUAAGAACCCACUGGGUUUCAUAAAGAGAUUCAAACCAAGCGAUAUAAAGAUUGGAAGUCUGGUCGGCAUGUUACACACCAUGAAUCUGGUAGAAAGCAGUGAGAAACUAGCUAAUGUCAUCAAAAUUCUUAAAGAAAUGAUCGACAACAAACCCUGCUUCAAUCCACACCAGAUGACCGACGAGCAACUUAGAAAUGAGCUGACCGAACGAGGGAUGAACCCAGAGGGUUCACGCAAAGCAAUGAUAGCAAGGCUGUCAAAACCUCCAAACAGAUGCCCAGGAAUAUCUCUCAGUUUGCCUAAAAAUGUCUUCUGUACAAUUGACAGUGAGUGUCUGGGAAUUGAAUGUUGUGCCUUCUUCAAACUUGGUAUAUUUAGAAAGACAUUCAAAUUGUAUGCGCGACUUGAUGCAUGUAAUCUGCAGUUUAUCGUUGGUGUUGAAAAGAAAUUCGAAAAAGUUUUUGGUGCCAAUGAUGGCCUCAAGGAUAUGUAUACAGGUAAUAUGCUUAUUAUUAUUAUUUUUUUUUUAAUUUUUACUUUUAAUAUAUUUCAUUUUUUCCUUAUAGUUUUUUUGGUUCAGUAUAUUUUGCAUUUUAAGCUAAAUUUUGUUUGUUCCCUGGAAAGGGUCUCCACGAAUACUCGAGUACUCAAGCAUGGCCAGAGUCUAGUAAAACUUGAGUCUGUUCACAGGAAAUGGGAAUACUCGAGUUUUGAGAAACUAAUGAAGACCAAAGUGAAAAUAAACAUGUUUGACAGUGAAUUUGAGCUGAUCAUAAAACUUAGGUUUGAGAAGGAUGACAAAGGCGCGUACAUUACCCUGGGAACGGGUUUCUGCCAGCCGGAUGACAGUAAUAACUGUAUGGGGUUCUUCAACCUCCUCGAUAUGAUGCCCCUCAUGCUACCCAUCUGUCUCGAGGACGGAUCCAUGAAGUGGCCACAAAUUGACUACAAGAAAAUGUUCAGCAGAGAUGCAAUUAAGCAGCGACUAAAAGAAAAUGCAGAGAAAGCGGCCAAAGAAUUAGCUAGGACGGCCAUCAAUGAAAUACUGAAAGAGUUGCCUUGUAUAUCUCCAGAUGCACCUGGUAAAGCAUCCACGUGUCCACGGCCAGAUGCAAUGACAGUCGACCUCCUGAAGUCAGAGUUAGAAAAACGAAAUCUUCCACAAGAUGGAACCCAUGAUGUGCUUAAGCAGCGUCUUUAUAAUGCCACACAAGAAUGCACGGUUUUCAACAAAAAGUUGAAACUGCCACAGAUCAAAAAUGAAAAGAUACGGAAAAUGAUUAGUCUGUCAAUUGGUGAAAAGUGUCUGCGUAUUGAUGCCUGUCUCGACAUGAAGAUAGAAAAACUUGAUUUCUACAAGGCAAUUAAAGCUUAUAUAGAGGUGGAUGCAUGCAAGUUUACCCUCACCAUCUCGUUCAUGAAUUGUCCAAGGAAGAUCAUUUUAUUAGGCUAUGACUGGGGCAAACCAAAUGAGGAGACCAUAUCAAAGACAAUUGCUAUCAAGUACACUAUUGGUCGGAAUGAAGAGAAGAAAGUGUUUGUUAUUGACUUCGGCCUCAAGUUUGGUUUCGAAGCAUUGUCAUUCGACAGCUAUCUUCUGGAGGGACUGGAGGUUCCCAUUCCUCUGUGUAACGAUAAAUUCCAACUUCCAGGUACUGGACUGAUUAAGGAUUUAGCUAAAGAAAUGGGUUCCAGGCUGACCAAUGAGGUGGUGGACGUCAUAUUUAAACAACUGGGUCUUGAUACAAUAUUCCUGGAUGGACAGUGUGCCUUGCCAUCACCAACCACAGACUGUCCGUGGGAUGUUACCAAGGUAACGCAGUAUAUUCCGGAGAAGUUUAAAGACAAAGUGACCUGCGUCCUGCCAGAGAACUGCUUUGGUCUUCACUGCUGCAUCGACUUCGCCUUCACGAUCCCAGUGUUUAAAAACGUCAUCGAGAAGAACAUUCCUUUCUUUCUGAAAUUCAACCCCUGUGAAAUUGAGGUUGAAGUGGGUUUCGGCGGCUUUAAUCACAAGGAAAAACUGAUCUCCUACAACUAUGGAACGCCCAUAACACUGACUGCUGGAAAAGGAGAAACAAAACCCAUCACAAUCGUACUUACGAUUGGCAAGUAUGAGCUGGGUUUCGAGAUCUCCUUACACCUGACUGUGUGUAUCCCUAUUGACGACGAGGUGUACUGUGUUCCAGAGGGGGGGCUGCAGAUCCUCAACAAAGAACAGAUUCCAGCCUGUGAUGCCAAUGCACUGUUCAAUAUGACCCAACAAACUGGAUCUCUUGCAGACUGGGCCAAAAGUAAAGGGAUUGACCUGGUGAAUGGGAUGGCAAGAGGAGCUGUAGACUUGUUGUUGAUCGAGUCUGGAGCAUCUCAGUACCUCAAGACGGACCGAUGUGACCCAACCAGGGAGCCGUACUCACCUAGUGUGGGAGGCUGGAAGAACGAUUGUAAACUUUCUACACGGAAACUGCCAACAUUGCCCAAAGGACUGUAUUGCCACAUUGCUUCAUCGUGUUCUAAAAUUGACUGCUGCUUUGUGGUCCCAUUCCUGGCUGAUAUGACCUUCAACGCCGUCCUCAAUAUAGACAUGUGUGACUAUUUUGUGUUUGCUGCUCUUGAAAAGGUCGAGUUCAAACAAUACAUAAUUGGAAGUCAAAUCGAUUGGAAUACAGGAAUACAGUCUCCGGUAAAGGAUCUCCUUGAGAGUGGCAGUUCUCUUUAUGGCGAUACAAGAGGAAUACAGUCUCCAGUAAAGGAUCUCCUUGAGAGUGGCUGUUCUCUUUAUGGCGAUACAAGAGGAAUACAGUCUCCGGUAAAGGAUCUCCUUGAGAGUGGCAGUUCUCUUUAUGGCGAUACAAGAGGAAUACAGUCUCCGGUAAAGGAUCUCCUUGAGAGUGGCUGUUCUCUUUAUGGCGAUACAAGAGGAAUACAGUCUCCGGUAAAGGAUCUCCUUGAGAGUGGCUGUUCUCUUUAUGGCGAUACAAGAGGAAUACAGUCUCCAGUAAAGGAUCUCCUUGAGAGUGGCAGUUCUCUUUAUGGCAAUACAAGAGGAAUACAGUCUCCGGUAAAGGAUCUCCUUGAGAGUGGCUGUUCUCUUUAUGGCAAUACAAGAGGAAUACAGUCUCCGGUAAAGGAUCUCCUUGAGAGUGGCAGUUCUCUUUAUGGCGAUACAAGAGGAAUACAGUCUCCAGUAAAGGAUCUCCUUGAGAGUGGCUGUUCUCUUUAUGGCGAUACAAGAGGAAUAGUCUCCAGAAUACAGUCUCCGGUAAAGGAUCUCCUUGAGAGUGGCAGUUCUCUUUAUGACGAUACAAGAGGAAUACAGUCUCCGGUAAAGGAUCUCCUUGAGAGUGGCAGUUCUCUUUAUGGCGAUACAAGAGGAAUACAGUCUCCGGUAAAGGAUCUCCUUGAGAGUGGCAGUUCUCUUUAUGGCGAUACAAGAGGAAUACAGUCUCCGGUAAAGGAUCUCCUUGAGAGUGGCAGUUCUCUUUAUGGCGAUACAAGAGGAAUAGUCUCCAAGGAAUACAGUCCAGUAAAGGAUCUCCUUGAGAGUGGCAGUUCUCUUUAUGGCGAUACAAGAGGAAUACAGUCUCCAGUAAAGGAUCUCCUUGAGAGUGGCAGUUCUCUUUAUGGCGAUACAAGAGGAAUACAGUCUCCAGUAAAGGAUCUCCUUGAGAGUGGCAGUCCUCUUUAUGGCGAUACAAGAGGAAUAGUCUCCAGUUUGAAAAAAUCUGUUGAGAUUGCCAACAUGUUCUUUGCUGAUAUAAAUAUAUUUUUAUUCACCAUUCAGUUUCACAUCAAGAAGAGUGACAAGAAGUUUAUCAUUGAUCUCGAUCUAAGAGUUUGCUUUGGAAACGAGGGCUGUCAGUUUGAGAGACCGAUUCUUGUGGGCACCGAGAUUCCACAGCUGCUCUGUGAUCUCAGUGUUAAACUAGGAGGAUGGGAAAACUUUAGCCUAAAGAAAUGGGCAUUGGAACGAGGCCAGGAUUUAGCCAGUGGUUUGGUAGGGGAAGCUGUAAAUUUGUUCUUGCAACAGACUGGCUUGGCUGAUAAACUUCUAAAACCUGGCUGUGACCGCAGCAGUUUAAAAUACAUACCAGCGAAUGCUAAAAAUUGGAAGAAUGAAUGUAAAUAUUCAAGUCUUGUGAAACUGCCAGACAUUUCCAAGCUGCCCGUGAACUGCCACAUCAGUGACAAGUGCCUGGGCAUUGACUGCUGCAUGUCUCUCGACUUCCUCAGCGGGUUAUCCAUCAACACUUUCUUCAACAUCGACCUCUGCAACUACGUCAUCGAGGGACAUAUUGAAACUUUCAGUUUUAAAAUAAAUGUCUUGACCUAUGAGUGGGGUAUGUGGUUUAAAAUUGAUCGACUUCUGGCACAUGAAAUGUUUGUGAUAGACCUCUCGGUGCACAUCUGUUUUGGAGGCGACACCUGUGAGAUUAAUGUUGUCCUGUUUGACAAGUCUCAAGUUCCCAUGCCUGGCUGUAACAUGGAGCAAGGUUUUAAAAUCCCAGAUUUCAACUUCGAUCAGUGGCUUGGAGGCAACACAAUGACGGCUUUCUUGGCAAAAAAGAUGAUGGAAGAGCUGGAUAUUAUGAAAUUCAUGCAAGACAAAAAAUGUGAACAUUACCGGCCGCCAUACAAAGAAGUGACAAAUGGAUGGAACAGUGCUUGUCCAAAGACGAUUGCUCUUCCACCUUUACCGAACAACCUGCACUGCCACGUUACCGACUACUGCACCGGAAUACGCUGCUGUCUCGCUGUCCCUCAGAUCAGCUGGAACUUUGAGGUGUAUCUGCUGUUGAACACUUGUGAUUUCUACUUCAGUGUCGGCAUUGAACGACUCGAUUACACAUUCACUCUCAACGGCUAUGACUGGGGAACAAAGAAGAAAUUUGACAUUGGAGGCAUUUUUAAAGUGGAAUAUUCAGUUGACGAUCUGAAGGACAGCAAGUUGUUUGUGGUCAACAUGGACCUCAGUGUGUGUCUGGUCGCGGGACAGCCCUGCUCUCUCACCAUCACGGUUUUCAAAGACUUGAUGCUGCCAAAACCAUUUUGUGACUGGGAGGCAAUGGACAGCAUGAAAGAUUUCUCCCUGAAGACAUUCCUGCAGGAACAACAAUUGAGUCUGACCGCGCCACUGGGAAAACUUGCAGCUGACAUGUUGCUGGAGAAGCUAGAUGUGGCUCAGUUCCUAAAGGAUCCUCCGUGUAGUACUAAUGGCCGUGGUGCAGAUGGGUGGACUUCUGCUUGUCCACAGAACUUAAGUCUUCCGGUUUUACCCACCAACAUGGCGUGUUCGGUUCCGGAUCACUGCACGGCUCUGGACUGCUGUCUCGAUGUCCCAUUCAUCCAGAAAUCACUCAACUUCAAAGUUGACUUGAACAUGUGUGAAUUUUCUCUCACUGUCAGUGUUGAGAAUGUUGAGGUCAAGAUUAUGCUUUUCAAAUACGUUUGGGUCUACUAUGGGCUACAUGUAUGUUUUAUUCACAGCUAUGUUAUUGAUGAGCUGGAGGCUGAUAAGAAGUUUGUCAUCAGUGUAAACGUCAGUGUUUGUUUGGAUGCCAGUUCGACUUGUCUCAUCACCGUACCUAUUCUCACCAACGUCCUGUUUCCAAAACUCUUCUGUGACUGGGACAACACACUGUCUCUUCAAGGUGUCUCGUUGUCUUCCCUGUUGUCAGAAAUGAAGGUGACACCAGGACAAUUGUUGUCAGAUCUGGCCAAGGCGAUGAUUGCAGAGAAGUUUGGGAUUGCUGCUUAUCUGAAAAAGCCUUCCUGUCAGAUAGGAGUGGGCAUUCAUAAAGCUACAGAUGGACAGUGGAACAAAGCUUGCCCCUUGGAUCAGUCAUUACCAACACUUCCGUCCUCGGUGGUUUGUCACAUCCCCAGCUACUGUACCGGAAUCGACUGCUGUGCGGAAGCUGACAACAUCGGCAUGUCGUUCAACGCUCGAGUGUUACUCAAUGCCUGCGACUUCAGCCUGGAAGUUGGGAUUGAAGCACUAGAUUACAAGAUAAGUCUUGUGGAAUACAACUGGAAUCAGUGGGAAACGUUUAACCUCAAAGGAGUUGUAAAAAUUGAAUUUAAGAUUGACGAUUUGCAAAAGUCUAGAAAGUUUCUGGUCAGCCUGAACGUACAGUUGUGUUUUGAGUCCACCUGUCUUCCCAAGAUGACCAUUUUGACCGACGCUUCCUUCCCAAAACCGUUCUGCAAUUGGGAUGAUGAUAUCAAUUUGACGCCUUUCUCCCUGGUUGAGUUCAUGAAAGAUAAUGUUGUUGCGGCGGGUGAGACCUUAACGUCUCUCGUUCUAUCUGAGAUGAUUGACAAGAUUGGUAUCGGCCAUUACCUGAAGAACCCCAUGUGUGACCGGUCAUCACCACCGUAUCAAGGUGCUGUCAACAGGUGGAAGAAAGACUGUCCUGCUGCUAUAGAGUUACCUACCCUGCCACCAGAGGCCACUUGUCACCUGUCUGACCCGUGUGGAACCAUUGACUGCUGCGUUGAUGUUGCUCUUCUCCAAAGAUCUUUCAAUCUUAAAAUCGGAAUCAAUUUUUGCGAGUACAGCUUCACUAUGGCAAUAGAGAAUUUUGGCUUCCACAAAACUAUCAACUUUUAUAAGUUUGGUAAGCUUUUCAUGAUUGCUGAUUUGUUUGGAGAGAACAAGUUUGUGAUGUCGUUAAGCAUUAGUCUGUGUUGGGAGAAGGACAUAUGUGUUCUCAAUUUCCCCGUCCUUGUCAACGCCCAUAUGCCCAAACCCCUCUGUGACUGGACGUCAGAUUUUAAAUUGGGUCCGUUCUUGACCAGUUUGAAUGCUAACACAAUGGCGACUCUGACUUCCUCAAUCGCAGACCAGUUGUUUGAAAAAAAUGAUAUCGGCAAAUACCUGAAAAACCCACAGUGCUCUCAAACAUCAAGUGUCUACACACCAAAUACUCAAGGCUGGAAAAAUGAUUGUCCUCUGCCUGGUAUUGACAGUUAUCUGCCUGCAUUAAGUGACACAACAUGCCAUAUUAGCUCCAUCUGCACAGAAAUGGAGUGCUGCAUCAAAACAGCAUUUCUCCCUCAUGCAUUCAACGCAAUGAUCAGCGUUGACAUGUGUAACUACAUCCUUACUCUGAGAUUCGAAAAUCUAGAACACAGAGAAAUUCUGCUCGACUUCAGCUCGAGACAGACCGGUCAUUUCUAUGUUAAAGGAAUAUUGCGUUUCGACUAUGAGCUGGUGGACAAAAAAGCAGACAGAAAGAUGGAGAUGACCGUCAGUCUGAGUGUUUGUCUUGAGGAGACGUCGUGCCUGUACCAGAAAACAAUUCUCAACAAAGUGGACAUUCCCAAACCUUUCUGUGACUGGAAGGGAAUGCUGGCUGCAAGAUCUCUCCCUGUAAGUGACUGGAUGAAAGACCAAGGAUUAGAGGUUGGAGCUGCUUUGAACAACUUGGACAAAACAAUGCAAUCUCGACUACUGCAUGAGCUGGGUGCUUUACCCUAUCUCCUCCCAACCCCAUGUCAACUCAGUGAGAGCAAAUACUCUACAGCCAAUAGCAAGAACUGGAAGGAUGACUGUGGGUCAACUUCUGUACAAUUACUUCAAUUGCCUUCGGAGGCACGAUGUCACAUCACAGACAGCUGCUCAGCCAUUGACUGUUGUGUGCAGAUACCGUAUGUGAAGAGGACGGUGCAUCUGACCUUCAACCUUGACAUCUGUAAACUGACCCUUGACCUCAGCCUUGAAAAUCUUAAAUACACUGUUUCACUGAUGGAAUACAACUGGAACACCGAAGAUGAAUUUAUUCUGGGAUCCCUGGGUAGGCUUAGCUAUAAGCUGGAACAUAAGCCUUCCGAACAGAAGGUGGUACUAGAUGCCAGUUUGAAGUUUUGUAUAGGAGAUUCCUGUUUCAUCACCGUUCCCAUCUUCUCGCAGGCAGAAAUAUCAUAUUCCCCAUGCAAACCAAGUAUUCCAGUGCCUUUUAAGGGUGUUUCCCUUGACUUCUGGAAUCCUACAAAAUGUCGUAAAUCUACAGCCGAUAAUGGCUGCUCUGUGACUCUGCCGGCCUCUGUUUCUGAAGUGGGUUCUGUUGCUGAUAACUGCAUGGGAAUCAGGUUUUGUCUCCCCUUAGACUUGAAGCAUCUUGGAUCGUACUCCUUGUCUGCUGGCAUCGAUAUUGAUUACUGUGGCAACCAGAAACUUAAUCUCUUCGUAGAGAACAAAUCUUGGCAGAAGGAAUUGUCAACCAUCACUUUUGAUGUAGACCACACUGAGAAAAUGGGAGAAGCCAUUAUCCUGACCUAUAGAGUAGUGAAGACCGCCACUCUCUUCAAACUGUCGCUGGGUGUGAAGGUUUGUGUCAAGAACGGGAUAGAUCAGUCGGACUACUGCAUAGAAAACCAGAUUUUGAAUCAGUUGAUCUUCACUAUACCCAAGUGUGGCAUCGCGAAACGCCGACGAAAACGGAGCUCUAUCAUUGACGGACUGUUGGAGAAGACACGAGAUCCACGUGAACUGACUUCUCUAUUGAUAGCAGCUGGAGCCACUAAUGCACAGAUUACAGAGGCUUUCGACAAGUUGAAGAAAUUUGAGGCUGAAGAAGUGGCCCGUCGCCAGACCCCAACAGAUGGUGACAUGUCUAAUGUGAAAAGUGCAGCGAAGACCAUGGGUAACCGGAACCCUGGCACCCUGUUAUACAGCAGCCCAGCAGGAGGGGGGCUUGUCACCUUAGAAGUGGAAGGAGCUGACAAGAUCCAGGAAAUGCUUGGUAGCGGUGUUGAGAUUGCUGGCCGGGUUCAUCAAACGUUUAUUGUCGGAAAAGGUCUCACCAAAGCUGGCAUGAAACUUCUUAGUGCAAAAAUGGCUGACAUGACUCUAGGGGAGAUAAGUGCUCUGUUAGACAUGAAGAACAUUGACCCAGAGCUGGCGCUGAAACUGGCGAAAAACAUAAAAGAGCUCAUACAGUCACUGACCACAGAGUUGAUCAAGGGAUUUUCAGAAGGAGGUGACAACAUGUUCAAAGCCUUUGAUCUGACACUUACUGGCGACUUUAGCUUCCCACGACAGGACAUUGAGUUAUUCAAGUAUAAACAAGCUUUUCCUCUUGGUGGAUUCAUUACUCUCUUGUUCGAAUUUGGUGCUGGCUGUUCAUAUGGCAUGGAUAUUACAGCAGGUGCAAAGAUUCUUUCCAUGCAAGUGACUUCUGUCCUACGACCGUUUUCGAAUGUCAAAGUCUUUGGCUCUGUUGGUCUUGGCAUUCUUAACAUAUACGGCAAACUCAUUCUUCGGGGCUACAUAAUGGAGGUUGCUUUUCCAUCUACCGCAGAGAUCGUGUUCUCCAAGUUUCCACUCGAUAUUACAUUGAAGAUUGACAUGGAGUUGAUUCCGCUGCAGUUGAAACUGUCAGCCAAGGUUACCAUGGAUCUGUGGCUCACGGAAGUGACACUGUACGAGACCGACCUGUGGAAGUUCAGUACAGCCAUGAUCCGCAAGAAUAUCCUGAACCUGGGCAAGAAAGAAGAAGACAAGUCUCCGCCGCAAGUUCUCAGCUAUGUUGACAAUACGCAGAAUGGUGGCAGACGGCGUCGCUCGUCUCCAGAUGCCGGUGGCUGCAUUGCUGACCAGCUGCCCGACCGCGAUUACACAGAAGCCGUUGUCGAAGUGGCAGUGCGUGCCGAGGAUGACGUCAGUCAAGUGGAGCUCACGGUUAACGUGGGCACAGAGCCCGGCCUUGAUGAUGUCGUCAGUGGUGUUAAACUCGGUGGACCGUCGUCAAUCAUGAAACAUGUAGGUAUACAUAUUUGUGUAGAGUUUUCCCUUGAAAUUAGGAAAGGCAUGGACUUUAAACCUCACGGACAGAAACUGUACUUCACAGUGAUCGCCUCAAACAGUGGAGGUGGUUCAACCACAGUGAUGUGUUCCAUCCCGACCUUCGAUAUAACGCCACCUGGUGGCCGCGUGCUGCAAGAGUUCCUCACCACGAGCAAUCCCACAAUCCUCAAGGCAUCCGUGCUUGUGUUUGAAGACUCGGAAAUUGAGUAUUCGGCCGUUGGGAUCGGAUAUGGGAAAGGAAUCUACGCCGACGAGACGAGUUCGUUCACCGAAAUAAAUCUGAAGAGGCAGAAUAUGGAUCCUUAUGAUGCAACCUCUGAUCCAAGAGCCGAGAAGGCCUUGGACUAUUUUAUUGCUGGCAGGAGUGGCCGCCUGAAUGGACCCAUCAUCGCAGAGUUCAAGGACGUCCUGCACGCCGGCGAAUGUGUUCAGAAAUGUCUCGUCUUACAUGGCUCAAAAUGUCUGAGUGUCAACUACGACUUUGGAGAAGCGGGUCUGUGCGAGUUGGUGGAGAGCAUUGAUGGGCACGAACAUAAAGUGGCUCAGUUUGGCCGUUUCAUGCACUACGAACGAAAAGGCGUGGGAAUGGCGUACGAGCUGGUGAAACGUGGUCUCAGUCUGGGUCACAACCGCUUGCACUACUUCAACAUCUACCUGCGCAACGUCCUGCACUACAGUAACAUCAUUUCAUCUCACAUGAUCCUGGUUGACUUCACCCCACCUACACCAGUAAUUGAUAGCUACACCAGCAUCAUUAAAAACAUUCCUUUCCUUUGCUUUAUUCAAGCUUUUCUUCUUUUCUCCACUUUAGGUCCACUGCAGAACGUGUCGGUUGAUAAACUCGAGGUUGUGCCGUGCCUCACCUUGAUACCAAGUGACAGGCCAGAAUGGAAAGUCAACUGCAAAGACGUCUCAAGUUCGGUGAACAAUCACAGAGUUAUUCACGAUGGUCCGGGCUCUAUGACGGUGUUUAAUGGAGAUACACCUCUUCAGGAUCUGCUCUACACCAGAUCAAAUAAAUAUGUGGCAGCAAACUGGGAUGGAAUUCAGGACCGAGAAUCGGGUAUUCUUGGAUACACAUGGACAGUGGGACGUUCUCCCUGUGAAGAAUUGAUUCACCCGCACCACGACCCUCACAAACACUUCUUCGACAAAUCCGAGUGGACAAAUAUUGGAUUAAUCUCCCCUAUACCAGCCGAACACAACCCUCUCCCAGAUGGGUUGUACUAUAUAACUGUGCGUGCUUUGAAUAAUGUGAAAUAUGGUGGCCCACUGACGACAACAAUCUGUCAUACGACGCCGUACGCCAUCGACAACACCAAGCCAUUUGUACAUGAAGUGUUCAAUGUCAAAUACGACGAAGAAACGUUCAUUGUUAGUGCACAGUACAAUGCCACUGAUCCAGAGUCGCACAUCAGAGAAGUUGAUAUCUGUAUAGGGGAGACAACUCACGACUGCUACAUUAUGCAGUGGCAGCGGCUGAAACAUUCAGAAACGGGAGUCAGCUACAAGUUUGAGAUUCCGGGCGGAAAACCUGCUUGGGUGAAAAUACGUGCCAUCAAUCAUGUUGACCUAAUGAAAGUCCGAUCCGCCGACAGUCCUAUUGUGAUUGACAUCACACCUCCAACUCCAGGAAUAGUGUAUGAUGGUUCAAUCUACAAACACGAUCUUGACUUCACAAAGAAUAACACAGAGAUCUGUGCAAACUGGGCAGACUUUUUUGAUACAGAAUCUGGAAUUGCCUUCUACACACUACAACUUCUGGACAGUGAGAACAAUAUACUGAAUGAACUUGCGGAGCUACCACGACACUCCCACGAAGCCUGCAUGAAGUUGGAUGAAGAGAAAUACUUGGAACACAAUCGGACAUACCACAUGGCUGUCUGGGCAAGCAAUGCGGGUCACAAGCAACUCAACUCUUCAGCUGCCUCUGAUGGAGUUUUGGUUGACCUGACACCUCCUGUGGCUGGAGAAAUCAUUGACGGCAAGCUUGGCGGUUUUGAAGACAUCUCAUUCAGUCUACACAGGGCAACCGUAGCCGCCCAGUGGCGUAACUUCUCCGACAUGGAAUCUGACAUCAGGGAUUUUGAACUGGAAAUAACCCGUGCAGUAGACAUGAAUGAAGACUAUCAAGUAAUUCAUAACUGGAAGUCUUUGGGUCGUUACGCUGAUAAAGUCGAGUGGCACCACUUCCAUCUUAACCAUCGGGACGUGGUCAAGUCGAAACUGCGCGUCACAAAUGGAGCCCUGAACAACAUUGAGCUGGAGUCGUCUGGCUUUGUUGUGGACCUCACAGCUCCGGUACUCGUGUACCUCGGAGACGGGGCUGAGGCCAAAUUCGACAUUGAGUAUCAGAGCUCCUUGACAACUCUGGAGGCUAAUUUCUUGUUUGUGGAUGAAGAGUCUGGUCUUGAUCACUUCAAGUACCAGGUGUUUGAGCUGUACGGUGGAAACAAACAUCAGGUCUACCCAGUUGCACUGAAUGAAUGGAUAAGAAUUGAUGAUGUAUCGAGUACAAGUCUGACAACACCUACACUAAGUCUGAAACCAGGAGCUCUGUACACAGUCCGUGUUGCAGCCAUCAACAAGGCUGGCUCUAUGGGGAUCUACAUCACAAACGGCGUUGUGGUUGAUGACACACCACCAGAUCUGCGCUGGGUUCACGUGGGGAUAUUUGAAGGCGAUGAGGAAGAGGUUGUCGAUGGUAAAGUCAUACAGCAGGAUCCCAAUGGAAUCAAGGCUACCUGGUUUGCCACGGAUGCACAGAGUGGAGUGACAUCUUACAAGAUCGCAGUCGGAAACACACCAGGUAGCAACAAUGUUUUGGACUGGAAAGAUGUACUCAAGAGAGACCAAUACAUAGAUGGACUCAGUCUCAUUAACAAUCAGAUUUACUAUGUGAUGGUUAAAGCUAUCAAUGGAGCAGACAUGGAGAGUCCUCAGAUGGUAUCCAAGCCUCUCUUGAAGGUCGAAGAGGACAGAGCAGGUCUUGUUAUCGAUGGUCCCGAGGGUACAGAACGUGCUAAUGACUUUACUGUUGGCGUGGACAUCGACUACCAGAAAGACUUCAGCACUGUCACAGUUCAGUUUGAGGGAUUCACGAGUCAUGAGCACGGCAUCAGAUACUUUGACUGGGCCGUUGGAACAACAGUCGGUGGUGAAGAAGUUCAACCGUUUAUGGUGGCCGGGCUGGUGCAUGAAGAAAGUCAAAGCAAUGUUCCCGGAAAUGGUAUUGCUACAUCUGGGUCAGGACAAGCUGUGUUGCCAUUAGAAGAGGGGACAAAAUAUUACACUACAGUUCGUGGAAUCACCAACUCGGGGAAAAUCCUACAUUCGAAAUCUGAUGGUUUUACUGUAGACACUACUCCACCAAAGAUUAAAAUAGAAAGUGUGGCAGCCCAGGGCAAGAAGACACUUGUUCCAGGAGACAGUACAAUUUUCCAAGUUGAGGAUCAGUCCAUCAAUGCACAGUGGAUGGCCUCAGACGAACAGAGCCCCGUCGUUUACAUGAGUUACGCAUUUGGAACAUACCCGUAUGGGACAAACUCACUACAACUGGAAAGCAUAGGCUUCCGUAACGGUGAACAGGCUUCUUUGUCCAGUGACUUCAAACCACUCACUCAAGGCAAGCCGAAUAUCCUGACAGUUGUCGCAGAGAAUGAAGUAGGACUGGUUUCCAGGAAGUUUUUCCCUACUGUGGUGAUUGACAACACUCCCCCCAAAGUGGGAGUUCUUUCCUGUAAAAAAUUCAUUCAGCCACACUCUCCUAUUGUAUGCACGUGGGACGGAUUCUUUGAGGCAGAAAGUCAGAUAAAAGAAAUUCAGUUUCAGAUUGGAUCUCAGGAAGGGAUGGACGAUGUUCUGGCUCCUGUAUCACUGCCAGGACAUACCACCAUGUAUCAGGCAAAAGGCCUAGAAGACAAGUUGGUGAGUAGUCGACAGUACUACGCCACGGUUACCGUGAUCAACAUUCUUGACAUGACCGUAUCCGCCUCGUUCGGCCCAAUGACUGUGGACACCACACCGCCUGUCGCGGGCACCAUCGUUGAGUUGAGCAGCAUCUACUACAUCGACACGACCAACAGCAUCGACCCGGAAGUACUCAACCCCAUCAAAUGUAACACUGCAGAAGACUGUGAGAAACUGGACAGCGUUUGUCACCAGUCGUACACUAGCAUAUCAAUAGCCUUCCAAGGAUUUAAUGACCCUGAGACAGGAAUUGUCAGGUACCAAGUGGCAGUGGGAAACACCCCUGGAGGUGGCCAGAUUCGGCCGUUGUUUGAUAUUCCACUCGACAAGCAUUACCUCACCAUUCAAGAUCUGGUGCUUAAGGGUGAACGCCAGGUCUUUGUCACUGUUCAUGCAACCAAUGGUGCUGGCCUGGGAACCAUGGCAACAUCGAAUGGAGUAUACAUGUCGUAUCUGAGUCAAGGAGACGAGCCACUGUCACAUAUCGCUGUGUCCGACACUGAUGGGGGACAUAUUGAUGUUGACUUUCAGACGAGCACCUCCAGCCUGAGUGCCAUGUGGGACGUGAGCGGCGACCCAUGUCCCGUCGAUAAAUAUGAGUGGGCCAUCGAGAGAGCCGAUGGCUAUGUUGUGCAGCAGUUCACAGACGCUGAAGGUCGGUUGGUUGGUGUUAACGACGACCUUCAAAUGAUUGGCAAGGAGCAGUACUACAUCAAACUGCGUGUCACUAACAAAGAGGGAUACACGUACACCAUCCGCUCUAACGGGAUCCAGAUCGAGGAGGAUCCGCUGAAACCGGGCAACGUGUACAUUGGGGAUGUCGUCGGCUUCAGUCUCAAGUUCCUGCCCACAAAGAGAAAGGUCACAGCCAACUGGGACAGGUUUGGUAACGAUGGCAUAGACGCGGGUGAGGAGGAAGCCGUUAUAGCAGAAGACGAAUCGGACAAAAAUAAAGCAUCCUCUAAUCAGCAAAUAGCGUACUAUGAGCUAGCGCUGGGCACAGACCGAAGAUUCCCUAAGACCCGCGACAACAUCGUACCAUUCACCAACGUGGGCCUGAACAAGACACACACGUUUUACGACAUCGAUAACCUCGUCGUGUACAAGGCCGUUUACUACUUCACAGUUCGUGCUCACAGCACAUCGGGAGCUGUGGCCCAGAUUACUUCAAAUGGAUUUUCUGUGGGAUACGAUGGUGGUGUCGUAGCUGGAAAUAUCAAGAUGGAGAGGUACAUAAACACGAAGGAUCUGUUAAAUAUCCAGUGGGACGGGUUCGAAUCCGAGGUCGAGAUCAUGAUGUACUACGUUGGUGUGUCAACAACCACAGAGGCCAGCAACCACACUUGUAAAGAAUUCACUGAGAGUGGUCGUUUAUCAGCUGAAGAUUUGAAGAGAAUAUUUGACGUGGUUGAAAUACAUAAUGUUGGAAAAGAUACAUUCUACACGAUAAAGUCUCUGAACCUGCAACAAAAUGCUGUGUACUAUUCGUGGGUUAUUGGUGCUGAUCAAUCAGGUAAAUGUGCCAUGGUAAAGUUCCUGUUCCAAGUGGAUGUCACAGCACCUGUUGAGGGGCGGCUGAAGGCUGGCCCAUACUAUGACUUGGCACUGACAUAUGCACAUGAGAAGAAGAAACUGGAUGUGUCCUGGGAGAACUACAAAGACGAAGAAUCAGGAAUCAAGUUGUACUACUUAUCACUGCUGCGACGCCAGUCCUGUGAUGACGGGGCCAUGGAAGAAGUAGUCGUAGAACCAGUCAAACUCAGCCCCAGUCUAUCUUCUUUCCAGUUCCUUCUAGAUUUUGAUCUCCAGCCUGGUCACCCAUAUUACGUUAAGCUGACUGUUAAAAACCACGCCUCUCUCAGCACGACAACGCUAUCACCCCCUAUAUUGUAUGACAAUUCAAAACCUACAGCAGGACGGGUUGCAAAGGGACAUAACUUCAGAGAUGAUAUUGUGUGGUAUGGCUCUGUGUCCACAAUUACAGGCUGUUUCCUUCACCUCCCUACACCAGUUGGAGAAGCUUGUCCUGCAAACAGCAUGCCGUUCGACGCAGAUGGGUGGAGCUUCUUGAAUACGGACAAGGUUUACGAGACGAGUGACCACAAGCUGAAGCUCUCGUAUAGUGAGAAAUAUGUUUACGUUGACAGGGAUGAGCUCGGUAUAAAGCUGACACGAAGUCCGGGAAAAGACUUGAUGCUGUCAGGAGCCUACUACAGACACGCAGACAUGCUUCAGGGAGGACAGUACAAGCUGAAAAUAAAAGCUGCUAAACCAACUCUUGAUGCUGGUCAGAAGUUGAAAACAGCUGACCAAGUUGUGACAUCUGUGAUAUUCUGGGACGGACCAACAAAACUGGACUAUUUCUUGGAUCUUGACUACACUCCAAAACAUAACUUAGAAGAUAACAGUUGUGCAUGCUGUGACAAUGAACCAGUUGAUAUAGAGACCUGUCUUUGUGACUGUGUGACCAGGACACGUGUCAAGAGAAGCUCGGAUACCGAAUACGAAGUUAAAAAGCUGAGCAAAGAAAAUCUAAAAAAACUGAAAUCGACUGGGAAACUGACACCGGAUAUCACUGUAGAAAAAAAACAAGAUCGUCACAGAUCUUGUGGUCUGCAGGUUUAUGGAGGAGAAAUGAAGAAGAUAGUGGCUUGGUGCGCAUCAUCAGAAAAACUACAGGCACCUUUGGUUGAGCAAUACGACCUUGACUUUGACCCUGCUGAUGACUUCCACGAUUACACCUUGAACUUUUUAAUCAGCAAAGAUGAGUCCAGAGCAUCAGAGGAAACGUGGUGCUUCAGUGUUUUCAUAGACGGAGACUUGGCAACUAAGAACUGUGGUGUUCCGUAUCUGUCCAAGUCCACUCGGCUCAUCUUCGCUGCGUGGAAUUACAAGAACAGCAUGCCUCAUAACGUUAACGAUCUAAAAGGAUUCCCCAAAGUGUGGAGCGCCAAAGCUACAUUCAGAGACUUGGUUUUGCCCCCUGACAGUAGUCACCUGUGUCGGGUUGGUGCGCCGUUCCGUGGAGGAAACAAUGCAAUCAUCGCAUACGAAGCAGGAAUCGGUUCAUCGCCACUGACGGACAACAUAUCACAGUUUACCAAGGUAAAGAGCACUUGUGUUCCGUGUGACCGGCCUUGUGAUCAUUUCGUUUGCGAAACAGACUGCAAAAAUGACACAACAGAACUGAUCAAAUUUCAACUUGACGGCCUAGCUCUUGCAACUACGAAGGUCAUUGACGGCAAGAUCGAGCCAAUAGCCUACUUCCUAACAGUAAAAGCUGUUUUGGCGUCUGGUGUAUCGGCUGUGGCAUCAUCGGAAAAGUUCAACAUUGACAUCACUGAUCCGGUAUUCAACGCAAGUUACUUGCUGUAUAUCGACGUUGGGCAGGGCAAGUAUAGACCCACAAGAUUCCAGAAAUCGAACAACACCAUCAAAGUCAUCUGGAAAUGUGAAGAUGACGAAAGCAAUGUCAUGGAAUACCAGUGGGCUAUUGGCACUUCGGUGGGCGCACAAGAUAUUCAGAACUACACCUCUACUGGGGAGAAGGCGACCGGCACAAACUCUGACCUUGAAGGUGUCCUGAAGGACAAACAGACUUACUAUAUCUCAAUCAAGUGUACCAAUGGAGCGGGGAUGACCACAACAUAUGAAGAUCCUGAAAAUAUAACAGUCAUGUAUGUGCCCCCCAAAGCGAGUACAGUGCCCACACAGUUGGAAGGUGUUACGGCGAUUCCAGGAAACGUCAUACCAGAGAAUGCCAUGGAGUCCUCGGACCAGAACAGUGUUAGUGCAUCAUGGGAAGUUAGCCCUGACCCAGAGGUCGAAAGAUACGAUAUUUGUGUUGGCAGCUCACCCACCUUCAGCCAAGACGUGCUUCCAUGCGUCUUGGUUGCCUUGGACAUCGCAGGCACCGCAGAGAUCAAAGACGGCUGGCUGUGGGUCAGUGGAACUCAGUUCCGCAAACUGAACAACUAUCGUCCCGGCAACACGGAGAACCAGCCAACGAGCAGAGCAUCGUUCAGAAUGCCCCCCGGGUCAGUCCUUUACAUCUACAUGCAGAUCUGCAACGCGGCUAAUGCCUGUGACACCAAGCUGGUGGGGACGAAGCAGGUGACGAGUGAGUCGACCGAGAUACAGACAUGUGUUGGUGGACGACCCAUUGAAGUAGUGCUCAACACUGGCACGGGAGUAGGGCGUCGGCGUCGCGCGGUCAAUGCGGGCAUUAAAAUUGUCACACCGACAGGUUUGCCAGAUGGACAGAGUAUUGCUGUGACAUUGCUGACAAAGUCAGAUUUGGAAGCUGACUACAGAUCUGACGCUUCAGCUGAUUAUGUUCCAUACAUAACAAACCCUGCAGCUUCAUUAACAUCCAGCACAUUUCUAGACAGAAUUCUAAACGGAAGAUUGACAUACAAUGCAUCCGAUACAUCUUUCUCCGUAACAUCCAUUGGUGGACUGCCGAUGAUUGGCCCACUCGAGAUAUCCUUCCCAUACGACCCGGCAGACACAACGUUUAUUGGAAGUCUUCUGUACUUUAAUCCAGGUGUUCAGAAAUGGUUACAGGCUAAAGACACCUGCCAGUUUGAAGCUUCUCCCAUCACGUAUGAUGCAGCUAACUCUCUUGUUACAGUCAAGGUCUGCAGUACCAGGAACAUUAACACAUCAGUGCAGAGAAGACGGCGAUCAGCACAUGAAGUAUUUUUCUCGGAACCGACACAGUUUCUGUUGACAGCCAUGCAACAGGCCAUUCCUAAUACCCCACCACAGCUGACCAGCACAACAGCUGUAACCAUGCUAGAGGAUGCUGGCACACUGAUCUAUCAGAUGACCUACUUUGAUGCAGAUGAUGAUACAAUUGAAUUUUCCCUUGAUGUAGGACCUGACAUUAAUGUCUUUGGCAAUCUGACCAUCACACCGGGAGGACUGUUUAUUUUCACGCCAUGCACCAACUGUUAUGGAACUGCCAAUGUGACCGUUACCCUCAACGAGGUUCCAGUUCCUGAUAUUCCACCCAAAUCUACGACUGUGACAAUAACCAUCGACGUUUCACCUCUACAAGAUCCUCCGGUCAUCUUCGUCUUUGACAAAAACUCGUACAUCCUGUUUCCCGACAAAACUGUACCUGUUGAGAUCCUGGUUGAAGAAAAUAUUCCAAACUCUACAGUUAAUGUGCAGUACGACAUAUUUGUUGGCGGCUAUGACUUUGAUAACAGUGACAAUCUGACCGCCUUGGUGUCACAGCCAGCGAACGGGACAAUUGUAGUCGGCGAUGUGAAGAAAACCAUUCCAGACUGUGCUGUUGCUGCAUCCACCUGCUAUGACCUUGUCCUCCCGAUGUCAUCGGACAGAUUGUCUUGGGCUCACACCAUGUUGACCUACAACCCAAGCGAAGGAUUCCAUGGAUUCGAAGAAGUGCGAGUCUAUGUCCAGGAUGCUAAUGGAUCUAUCUCCGAUAUCACCACAUUGUCGAUCGCUGUCAUGGAAAGUCCCUGUCAACACGACUCACAGUGUCAAAGUAAAAAUGAAUCUGCGUACACGUGUACCCAUGCAAACCGCGCGACGGCGUUUGACGAUUUCUACACCUGCGUAUGUCAGCCUGGAUGGGAAGGUAUUCACUGUGGCAUCGACGUGGACGAGUGCUCCAGCAACCCGUGUAACUGGCCGUACGUGUGCUUCGAUGAGGUCAACGGCUACCACUGCGCCUGUGCGUUGGACAACCCCAACUGUGACGGACUCGAGCCCUGGAUGAUUGCUUUGAUAGUCGUCUUCCUCCUACUGGCGAUCACACUCUCCUUCAUAACCUGGUACAUCUACAUGGUCAGAAGAGGUCGCCUGAAGUGGUCUUGGCUAUGGGACCGCAUCUUCCACAAAUCAGCCCAUUCAGGCAAAACGCCAAAACGAGCAUUCAUCAACGAAGGAUUUUUACAGAAUGAGUUGCACAGUGCUGAGAGUGCUUUGGAGAAGAAACCCGCUGUGUUCCUGGCAAGUCCUGGACUCACAAUGCCUCCAUCGACCUCCAUCUCGACUCUGAAAACAACAGCUCCCAGUUGCGCGGGACGUAGGAUGAGUGGAAUCCUCUCCGUUACCCCAACGUCUCUGGCAGCAGUGGAAACCGAGCUGCAAGACUAAACCAAGCCUGUGAAAAGACAUUUUAUGAUUUUAAUAUACUAAACAGAGUUCAGUAAACUUGUAGUACAAAACUGACAUUUGCAUUGUAUUUAGCUAAUAAAAUUAAGCAAAUAAUGAGACAUUUAAUUGUGAUAAAGUGAAAACAAAAACUGGACAUAUUGAUUGAUAUAUGAUGGAAACAAUUUUUUUGUUGUUGAUUAAUUUGAAAAAGUAAUUUAAAACAUUAAAGUAAGUAAAAAGAUUUAAGUUAUUUGACAGAAUGUAGAUCAUUUGCAGGCCAUACAUGUAGUUUGUGAUUCUUUCCUGUGUAGAAACUGUUCCCUUGUAUUUUAUCUUAUUUUUUUAUAUCUAUUUAACCCAUGUAGUGAAGGGUUUUCUGUAAACAUAUACAUAGAGAAGACACACAUAUACAGACACAUAUAGAGAAUACACACACGCACGCACCACACACGGACACACCACACACGCACAUGCACACAUACAGACAAGCAUAUAUACACAUGUACACAGUGAGAACACAUACAUAAAAGUACAUGCACACACAUACAGACAUGCUAAUAUACAUGUCCACAAUCACACAUACAGACAUGCACUUGCUUCAAUUUUUUGGAAAAGAUCGAUUUACUUUUUUAUGUCCAAAUUUGUUUUGCAGAACACUGAUUUUCUUGUUUUGUUUUUAUAUGCAUAAAACAGUGCUAAAAUAAUUCAUAACCUAUGUCUCCCCAGAAGAAAUUGGUUUAUUACGUUUGCUCUCUCCAUCCAUCCAUAGCACACCUUGCAUAAUACCAAGAUAGCUAAAUUGCUCAAUUUUGUACAGAGUGGCUUCAACAGAGUAUUUGACUAAUGUACAAUUUAUUUAUUUUUAAAUUAGCCAUUUUGGAACAAAUAUUCUACAUAUACAGGGUUGGAAGUGGUUUUUAAAUGCCUUGAAAGUCUUUGAUUGAAAAAAAUAUUUGUAGGUCUUUGAAUUGUAAUAAAAGUCUUUAAAUUCUCACAAAUCAUAGCCAAAGCAAUGAUGAUAUAUUUUCCAGCUGCAUGCAUUUGAUAUUUUCCACUUACAAGGUUUAAUCUGUCAUGAUGCAUGUAAAAAAGCUAAAUAUUUUCCAUGGACAGCAACAUAAACAAAUCGAUUUGGUAUUUUUAUUGCAUUCUAUUUUCUAUGGUUGCUGUGUAAAAGUCUUUGAGAAUGGCAGGUAAAAGUCUUUGAGACUAUGAACCCUGAUAUAUCAAAAUUGGUUAAAACAAAAUUCUUUCCAGUAUGACUAUCUGUUUAGCCAUCCAUUACAAAGUUGUGAUGUCAGUUUUUACUUGAUUCCUUUGAUACUUGUCCUCAGACUGUGAUUUGAUGUUGAUGUUUUAUUACCAUUCUGUAUUGCUAUGUGCUGCUUUAGCUAAGUUAAAUUAAGGUUGCAUGGCAUUUUACCUGCUAAAUGGCUUGACUAAAUGUUGCCUAAAAACAUGUGCUUUUAAUCUGUUCCCUAAAAGUUUGGGUUUUUUUUUUAACCAUCUACAUGUUAUUUUGGAACAUAAAUUUUAAAUUAUGGCUAUAGUCUUAAUUCAGAAGGAAAAAAAAUCAUUUAUAUUUAGCUUGCUGUUUAAGAUCUUUGCAAGUAGCACCCAUUACGCACAUGCAUAAUGCAAAAUAAUCUGGGAAUAGAUCGAGGCUGUCUGUGAUAAUGUUCUAUAAAAUAUACUCUUCCCUUUUUCAGUAAUUAUGUUUCCCCCAUAAAGCGGCGUGCGUAAUGCUAAAAUGUUUCUGGCUAAGCUCCUGAAUAAUGCUUUGAAAAAAGAAACUUCUGGGCUGUGUUUAGCCAGACCGAGCAGAGAAACGUCCACUAGACUGGUUUAUGCAUUUCCCAGUAAACCAAAUGGCCAUGUUGGUAACCAAUCAAAUUGUUCGCGAAUGUUAGCUAAACAUUCCCUGGCUGAACUUGGGGCUGGAUUAAUCUUUAGUUUUCAAUUCAAUUUAAUUGUGUGACAUGUAUUUUUUUUAUCAUACUUUAUAUCUUUGUCCGUAGAAUAAACUUCUUUAGAAGCA